CCUUGCGCCUGCAGUGCUCAGCCUGGGCGCCUGCAGUGCUGCUCUGGCUCUGGCGAUGCUGAGAAGCCCCUACUCCAGCAGCGCCCUCGCCUCCGAGCCCGCCUCUGCCUCUGCCUCUGCCUCUGCCUCUGCCCUGGACGCCAGGAGGACGAUGGAGCCCCCCAAGAAGGACCAGCGCCAGCUCAGCCUCCUCCAGGACGAUCGCCACGACAGCGGCCUCGACUCCAUGAAGGAGGAGGACUACCAGGACCUGGUCCGGGAACUGGAGGACCUGCGCCUGCUGCAGGCCAGCCAAGGCCCCCCGGGAGCAGCCGGGCAAGGAGAAGGAGGGCCCCCCCAGAGCCCCUGGAAGCUCCAGCUCAGCCCCGAAGGAGACACAUUUCUCCAUCUGGCGAUUAUUCAUGAAGAAAAAUCCUUGAGUUUGGAAAUCAUUCGCCAGGCAGGACGAGACAUGGCCUUCCUGAAUUUCCAGAAUAACCUCAACCAGACUCCACUCCACUUAGCUGUGAUCACAGACCAACCAGAAAUUGCAGAGACUCUUCUGAAAGCCGGAUGUGAUGCAGAGAUUAGAGAUUUCCGAGGAAACACACCACUGCACAUUGCUUGUGAACAGGGUUCUCUCAGAGGCGUUGGUGUUCUGACACAGUACUGCCAUAAACAAGUCCAUUCCCUCCUGCAGUCAUCAAACUACAAUGGCCACACAUGCCUCCACCUGGCUUCUGUUCAAGGUUAUCUGGCCAUUGUGGAACAGCUCCUGUCCUUGGGAGCAGAUGUGAACGUUCAGGAACCAUGUAAUGGUAGGACUGCCUUGCAUUUGGCUGUUGAUCUUCAAAAUCAAGAACUGGUGUCACUUCUUUUGAAACAUGGAGCAGAUGUGAACAAAGUCAACUACCAGGGCUAUUCUCCAUAUCAACUCACAUGGGGAAGAAGCAAUUUCUUCAUACAGGAGCAGUUGAGACAGUUUACUACAGUAGACCUGCAGAUGCUACCAGAAAGUGAAGAUGAAGAGAGUUGCGAAUCAGAAUCAGAGUUCACAGAGGAUGAACUUCUGUAUGAUGACUGUGUUAUUGGUGGACGACAUGUGCCUUGUUAAAAGUGGAAGGCUUGGAGAAAGAACAAGUGAACAACAUGUGAACAAUUACUGAACUACACUGCACAGCACACUGUUAGAACAGCAGGUGCUACACACAGUCCCAUACACUGCUUGAGCAUGAAUGAAUUUGGGUUGUCAAACACCGGAAGAAGUCUGGGCCCCUUUGCACUGAAGAGUUGAUUGUCCAAAUAAAGAAGCAGAAUGAAAACUGGAAGACCUGCCAGUGUAUGCACUGCAUGCUCUGAAGAGGGGGAAAGCCUAGAUCCACCAUCUGCUGUGUUCUUUUGGAAGACAUUCCCUAUAUUUCUGUCUGACUGUUCAUUCCACUUUUCCAGAGACUGUGAGGUUAGGAGUUCUUUGUGCUGUACAGCAGACAGACUUAUUGCAUCUCCAGUGGGUGUCUGCUUGUCCAUCCAUAAGGAAGAUGCCAAUAACAUUGAGACUCUAUAUUGCAAGCCCUCACGCUUUGCAAUAUUUAUAUCAUGUAUAUAUUGUACAUUUUGUAAAUACCUUUUUUGCUACUUGUGAAGUGUAUAUUUAUUAUAAAAAUGUAUUAAGAAAUGCA